GAUGACGGGACCGGCCGGUGAGCGCUAACCGUGUCACGGUAUCCCGGCCGGUAUCUUUUCCUGGCUUUAACAGUCAUAUUUGCGAUGAACUCCUUUUAUUUGUUCAUUCUAAGAAUAUUGCACGCGCUGAGUUUGCUUCGGAUCGGCGCCGGUGAUCCGUCGGCUGACACCUCGUGAACACAAACAAUAACAAGUGCAUGGGAGCGAUCCGAGCACAACAAAAGACACAAGGGGCCAAUCCCACGUGAUUUUGCUGUCAAAUUCUAUCAAGGAUUGUGAGAUGCACUGUCAAAAGGGAAUUGUUGCAUCAUAAACAGCCAGAAAAGAGAAAAGUCUGAAUAUGACUGAGGGGCGUCAGUGCCGGGUACACCUACUUGACGGUCGGAAGUUGGAGCUGCUGGUUCAGCCAAAGCUUUUAUCACGAGACCUGCUAGAUUUGGUGGCAUCCCAUUUUAACCUGAAGGAGAAGGAAUACUUUGGCCUUUGCUUCAUAGAUGACACUGGUCAGAAUAACUGGCUUCAGCUUGACCGGAAAGUCCUUGAUCAUGACUUUUCUAAGACUUCAGAUACACUGGAAAUCAAAUUCUUAGUGAGAUUUUACAUUGAGAAGAUCACUUUUUUAAAAGAAAACACAACUGUGGAGCUGUUCUUCCUGAAUGCAAAAUCCCUGGUGUUUAAUGAGGACAUCGAAGUGGAGAGCGAACACAUUUUCAAGUUGGCUGCAUUCGCAUUACAAGAGGUCAGCAGCGAUUACACAUGUACUGAAACGGCCAAAUCAAACCUAAAGCAUCUCCCAGUUCUGCCCACCCAAGUUCUCAGGAAACACCCGUCUCUCAGUUACUGUGAGGACAAAGUGAUUGAACAUUACAAGAAAUUGAAGGGACUGACCAGAGGACAGGCCAUUGUGAAGUAUCUGACCCUGGUUGAGUCACUGCCAACAUACGGAGUCCAUUAUUAUCCAGUAAAGGACAAGCAGGGAAUACCCUGGUGGCUCGGUGUCAGCUACAAAGGCGUUGGCCAGUACGACUUACAAGACAAGCUGAAACCAAGAAAGUUGUUCUCGUGGAAGCAGUUAGAGAAUUUAUAUUUCCGUGAGAAGAAAUUUGCCGUGGAAGUAAACGACCCCCACAGUCAAACGGUGAACAAGCGGACCUUUGGACAGUCUGGCCUUGUCAUUCACUCCUGGUAUGCCAGUCAUUCUCUAAUUAAAACUAUCUGGGCGAUGGCCAUCAGUCAACACCAGUUCUAUCUGGACCGAAAGCAAAGUCGAUCAAAUAUGACCACAACAAGAAGCUCGGGAGACAUCGCCGUAGAUCUCACAGAAAUCAGCACCCAGCGGAUCGGUCGAUUUCCAGGUCCUGCAAGCAAAGAUCAGCUCAUCAUGGCAAGUAGUGGAAGCCUCAUCUCAGCCGGUUCUGCCGACUCUGACGUCGGCGAUGAGCAGAGGAAAGAAAAGAUUAGCGAGUUGAAAACAAAAGAGAAAAAACUUCAGGACGCACUCAAACAGAAAAUUGAGGAACUGAAGAAGAUCUGCAUGCGAGAAGCGGAAAUUACCGGCAAGUUACCAAAAGACUAUCCGUUGGUUUCUGGCGAAAAGACUCCUCAAGUUCGAAGACGUGUCGGCGCAGCAUUCAAGCUUGACGACCUUUUCCCCUACGAUGAGGACCCUCAUUUGAGGAAUCUGGAAAGGAGAUUCGCCUUGCAGCAGAAGUUUGUGGAAGCAGCCAUGAAGUUAACCAAUGAGAUGGAUCUGAGUAAGACCGUGAAGAAAAAGAGAAAGAAUAACUGCUUGGACGCAAUGAGAAAACUGAAGGAGAUCGAGGGGGAGAUCAACGCCUACAGGAUCUGGAAAGGAAAGAAUCCCACCCAAAGAGCUUCGCUGAUCUUAGCAGACGAUGUCAACCCAUCAGACCUCAGCUCUCAGUCUGACAGCUUCACGCUGGAUGAAGACGACGAGCUCAGCGCCCACAGGCAGCGCUCAAGUUCGCUCCAGUACUCCCCGAGAUCCCACCAUGCAGAGACACUCAGUAUCUACUCCGGCAAUGAGCGACGAGUUUCGGCGAAUGACCAACACACAGACGGAAGAUCGAAUUACGGUCAAAUUGAGGAACCACUCUACCGCAGUCACCACAAUGCCUCAACAAACCACAACAGUCCACACAAAUCAGGUUCCAGAGAGCCUCGCGACGCCCGCAGUAUGCCUCCCACGCCGCUGCUCACGCGCAACGCUUACAGCAGCACCCAACUCAAAUCAGAGGACGCGCCGCAGCUUUUCCGCCAACGCAGCGGGAGUCUGGAGUCCCAGUCGAAGUUUGCACUAGAGCCCGAAGCACGCGUGCCCGCCUUCAACUUGUCCCCGCCCCGACGCAGCAACAGCACCGAGGUACUCGACGACGGCUCGUCCUACACCAGCCAGUCCAGCGUGGAGUACGCGGUCCCCGGCAACCCCAACCACCGACGGAGAGUGCGCGGCCGCCACAGGAAAGAUAUUUACGCCAACACGGGUAGCAUGCCCAAUUUGGCGCAGCCAGAUGUCCACAGUCACGCCUACCAGGGCCGCGCUCGACCCACCACUACCACCUUCUACAUCACGGGAUAUCCUCACCACGCGGAGCCAGAGAUUUACCCUAAUGGCGUCUAUAUGUACGACAAUGAGACGGAGGGACACUACAGCGUCAAUCCUCCAUUCCAUCCUCCCCACGCAGCCUAUCGUCCCCGCGAUAUGCACGAUCGCUACGGCAACGACGAGCUCGACGGCACGUCGCACAACGUGUACGCCACGCUUCGGCCGCCCAGGAACCGCCCGGCUCCCCGCGGCGAAGAGCAGAUCUCGAGGAACUUUAAGAAGGCGGUUGUGGCCGAGCACUUGAGAGGCUGGUACCAUCGCAACACGGCCUACAAGCAGGCCGGUUACGGCUCCGAAUACGACCAACACAGUCUGAGCUACCAAACCAUGGGUGCACCGCUCAGCCACAGCAACAGGAGCCUCUCCUACUCAUCAGCCUCCUCCAAUGGAAACUGGCACGGCCAUAUCGGCGGUCACGGACGAGUCGAUUGUGACAUGCCCAAGCAGAUGCCGCAGACCUACACCUACACCACAGCUACCUUUGGCCGCCCAACCCACAGCAGAUCUUACCUAGAUGUCAACCAAGUGGACAUCAGCGACCAUUCGGAAACCAGCCUGGACCCCCAGGAUCGGAUACAGUGGCACGAAGGCUCAACAACAGGAACGAUAGUUUAGCUGCCUGUCAUUCAAUCGUUUUGCGCAUGACAAAGGCGGCCCGGUCGGUGCCUUAGACCGCACUUACCUGUUUUUCCGAGCGAGGAGAGCCAAAGAAUGAAGGAAUUUACACGCAAAGGCCAAGUGGACCUUGUGUUUGUAUUGACGGCACUUGUGCACCGUUGCCGCACUCCAAGCUGCCGUGGAACGCAGACUUCGAGUACGCAGUUUUGCUCUGAAGACGUUGAAAGCGGGCAGAGUCGCGUCUCCACUGAGCCGCACUGAACAACUUUUUACCGCGUCUUCUCCUGUCACGUUUGAACAGAACCAAUGAAGGACCAGAUGAGGAUCAACAUAACCUGAUCAAAAAUGAAGGAGCUCUUUAGCAGCCAACCGGACAAAGAUGGCUCUUUACCUGCAACACUGCACAGCCACCAGAUUAUUAUUUUUUUUUAUUAUUAUUUCCGGAUGCUUUUAUUCCGUCUGUGUGACCAUGACGUUUCUAAAGUAUACUACCUUACUUUACUGUAAAAUUAAACUAAAUCAUGUUUUUUAACACCAGUAUUACGCCCAAAAUCUAACAAAGACUACUGCCACACCACUUCACAAAGGUUGAAGAGAAGAAACUAAAAGGCUUUUUUAUACUUCCAUGCUGGAACUCAUGGACCGGUGCUCGUAAUUUCUCUCAAGAGAAUGUUACAUGUUUUUAUUGUUAACACACUGGUUGUUUGUGGAGCAUCUUGUGGAUUUGAAAAGCAUGUAAUAUAUCGCAAAAGGUUUGUUAAGCUGGUUCUUAGGAUUUUGUAUCAUUUCACUCGUUGGAAUAAAACAAAUCAGAUUUUGUUUGAA